AUGUCCAUGUCUCAGAAGAGCUUCGCAUCCACCGGCUACAAGACGUGUCGAUGGAUAAGAAAAGAGACUGUCUUCUACCUGCCUGCGACCUCCUUCCCCAAGAAGGCCAAGGAUGGGCUACAUAAUGUAUACGUGCUCCCGAAAGAUGGAAAGGAGCUUCAUGUCAAGACAUUCAGCAAAACCAGCAAGACUUUCCAUCUUUGCAGAGCCGUUUUCAGUACCAGCUGCCGGGGCCGAGACUUUUUCUCUGGAGAGGAGAUCGGAAAAGGGGAAUCGGGGAGUGAUCUCACUCUGGAUACGAUUCUCGAACAAGCAGCGAAAGACAAGCCGGAUUUGCUAAAACGCCCCUUGUUUCUCUGCGUCGGGGUCGACUUCGUCCUGAUGAGCGACCAAAGUCUGCCCGACGUGGGAGCCACCUUGAUAAAUGGCUCAUUAAUCAUGUGCCUGCUUGUCAAGUAG